CUCAAAGACAUUUGUGACUGUGGUUUGUCCGAUGGAGCGAAUCCCAGUAAGAUUCAUAGGAAGACCCACAAAAUGAAGAAACUUACACUGGCAAAAAUGCCACCAGCUGUGAUUGAAAGGAACAGAGACAAGACAAAAUGAAAAGGGGCCUUAGAAUCCCCACACUCACUUCUUUCCUGGGUAACCCAGUCCCCUCCCCUUAAGGACAAAAUGCCUAUGAAAAGGAGUUGAUCAUCGGAAAAUUGCUUGAGAAGUGAUUUCCAAUGGGCUCGAGGGAAAGCCCAUUGAAACAUCCCCAGCCUACAGCAGGGAAGCCCUUAAGGGACACAGUAUUCAGGAACCUCCUCCCGCAAAAGCGCUGAUCAAACACUGCCCCUGAAACGACUGAAGCGGAUCCCUCCGGCCCACAGGUUUUCAUACUUCGAGGGCCCCAGGCCACCCACCCACGGCUGUCCUGUUCAGACUGAGGGACAUAUCGUUUCCUUUAGUCUUCCCAAACUUUUAGUACGGCUCAAGAGGACCCUGAGGGUGGCUGGGGACUGCCCUGAAUGGAAGGCCAAGCAGGGACAGGCGUACCGCGCGCAGCGAACCGCGGAGGGGAAACCUGGUGCCUAGAGCCAGCUACCACAGGCGCCUGCGUAAACCCAGCGUUCCCAGGAUCCCUCGCGGCUAAGUCGCUUCCUGUCUCCGAAGCUCGGUACCGUUGGAUUCUGCUGGACUUUAAAGACGUAUGCAACAAAAAAGCACGACGGAUAAUAUAUUCUGGGAGCAAGCACAGGCGGAAGCGUCUCUGGGAAGUACAAUCCCUGAGCGCGUGUGUAUCACAAACCUGGCGGCAGGAAUGAAAGAGACUGGCCAGAAACAGAGCCCCGCGGCGACUUCUGGGAAAUGGAAUCCGGUGAGGCCGCCGCGGGGCGUGUGCGCAUGACCGGAAGUGGCGCCACUCAGGCGCGUCCCUCUGGCGCCGGAGCCGGGACCUGGUGUUGGGCAGUACCUGCACAGCGGUUCUUGAGCUCCAGCGGUUGCGGGUCGAUUGUUGCCAGUUGCCAGUUGCCAGUCGUUUUCGGAAAGGCAGCGGCGGCUUUUUCACCGGGUUCUGGUUGAGGCCGAGCCACCUGUGACUCGGGAGACGGAGUGGAAUACCCAGCUGGGCAGGCCCAGUCCGAUCUCCCGCGUCCCAGCACCGCAGGAUCAAACCGUGCCUCUACGGGGAGUGGCUGGAGAGGAAGAGUCCAGCCUGGGAGCCGUCGGAGCAGCCCUGCAGAACGGGGUGGGGGCUGCUCUAGAUAGACCCUGACUUCCAGAGAACUGCUGGGAGGCUGUGGCGCGAGGUGGAACUCAAAUGCUGGAGGAAGGUGAGGAGUGGUAGAGGGAGCGAUCGUCAAGAGAUCGGCUGCUGCUUCGUUUGCCCACGACUGCCGCUGUGUGAGCCGGAUCAGAACUCUUUUUAUCUCUCUUACAGUACUGCCUUCCCCAGACCCUGCCCUUCCCCAAGAGGAAAACACAGGAGAGGAAGGAAUGGCUGCUGGUCUCCUCACAGCUGGGCCCCGGGGAUCCACAUUCUUCAGCAGUGUGACAGUAGCUUUUGCACGAGAAGGGUGGAGGUGCCUCGUGUCUACUCCAAGGGAGAGGUACAAGGAGGGGAUACCAGAAAAGUCCAGGAACCUUGUCCUACUAGGACUUCCAGUUUCCCAGCCUGGCAUGAACUCCCAGUUGGAACAAAGGGAAGGCACAUGGAUGCUGGAGGGCAAAGACGUGCGAAGUCCCUCUCCAGGCUGGAAGAUUGUAUCUGAAUCACCACCAGAGCAAGCCCUUUCUGAAGAAUCAUUCCAAGACCCACAUGUAGAGAUGCCCCCUGGGGAUUCAGACCACAGGACCAGUGAGCUUGAGAAAAGCUUCAGCCUGAGACCAGUCCUCUCUCCGCAACAGAGAGUGCCCGUGGAAGCGAGACCUCGCAAACGUGAGACGCACACCAAGCGCUUCAAGAACUCGGAAGUCACGAAACCUCACAGAGCGAAACCGUAUGCAUGUAAUGAAUGUGGCAAAGCCUUCAGUUACUGUUCUUCCCUUUCUCAGCAUCAGAAGAGCCACACUGGAGAGAAGCCCUAUGAGUGCAGUGAGUGUGGGAAGGCCUUCAGCCAGAGCUCCUCUCUCAUUCAGCACCAGAGGAUUCACACUGGAGAGAAACCUUACAAGUGCAGUGAAUGUGGAAGAGCCUUCAGCCAGAAUGCCAACCUCACCAAACACCAGCGAACUCACACCGGAGAAAAGCCCUACAGAUGCAGUGAGUGUGAGAAAGCCUUCAGUGACUGCUCAGCUCUUGUUCAGCAUCAGAGAAUUCAUACCGGAGAGAAGCCCUACGAAUGCAGCGACUGUGGGAAGGCCUUCCGUCACAGCGCAAACCUCACGAACCACCAGAGGACUCACACUGGGGAGAAGCCCUACACGUGCAGCGAGUGUGGGAAGGCCUUCAGUUACUGCGCAGCGUUCAUUCAGCACCAGAGGAUUCACACCGGGGAGAAGCCCUACAGAUGUGCUGCGUGCGGGAAGGCCUUCAGCCAGAGUGCAAACCUCACAAACCAUCAGAGGACUCACACCGGGGAGAAACCCUACAAGUGCAGUGAGUGUGGGAAGGCCUUCAGCCAGAGUACGAAUCUCAUAAUCCACCAAAAGACCCACACCGGGGAGAAGCCAUAUAAAUGUAACGAAUGUGGGAAAUUCUUCAGUGAGAGCUCAGCCCUCAUUCGACAUCACAUAAUCCACACCGGAGAAAAACCUUAUGAGUGUAACGAGUGUGGUAAAGCGUUUAACCAGAGCUCAUCCCUUAGUCAGCAUCAGAGAAUCCACACAGGCGUGAAACCCUAUGAAUGCAGCGAGUGUGGGAAGGCCUUCCGGUGCAGCUCUGCCUUCAUUAGACAUCAGAGACUCCACGCCGGAGAGUAACCGGGAACAUGGUGGAAGUAGAGUCCCGGACAUGCCAACUCAGGACAGAUGGGUGAGGAUCUGAGAAAUGCUAAAGGCUCGAAAGCAUCUGAAGACAUCUAACUUAGAGUCUGCAGCCCAGAGCCACAUGCAAAAACACCUUCAGUAAAUAGCCACUAUUUCACAUGCUGU